AUGAUGGUGAAGGACACCGCGUACUACGAUACCUUGGGGGUCACCACCGACGCCUCCGAGACCGAGAUCAAGAAGGCGUAUUACCUCAAGGCCAGGCGGGUUCAUCCAGAUAAGAAUCCCGGGGACCCUGAUGCCGCGCGCAAGUUUCAGGAAUUAGGUGAGGCCUAUCAAGUCCUAUAUGAUCCCGCGAAAAGGGAUUCUUAUGAUAACAGUGGAAAAGAAGGUUUAUCCCAGGAUGAUAUGAUUGAUCCAACUGCUCUAUUUGGGAUGCUUUUUGGGAGCUACUAUUUUGAAAAUUCCGCCGAAGCAGGGAAAAAACUAGAACAAGACUUUGAGCUUCCCGACUUGACAUGCAACCCCACCGAUGGGCAGCUGGUGCAGGACUACCUCGUCCCGGCAAUCCAACGCAUGUGGCGGGAGCAACGGUUUGGUCGUUCCGGUGUUAACGAUGACCUACCUUUCAUGGACCCUGGGAUGAUUGCGCGCAACAACAAGGGGGGGAAUGAAUUGAGAGACAAGUACUUCCUCACGGAUAAUACCACUGUAGCUUCCUUUCACCACUUUCAUGGUGCCCCUACAACAAAUGGGUUUUGGCAACAACACCCACCACACUGCACGGUGAUCAGGGCGGAAUACAACAGGAUUGUGGGGAUCAAGAAGGCUAUGAAGUUCCACCAGCACACGGGCGCCAAGGCCAACUGGAGCAUGAACAUCUACUACUCAUGGAACGAGGGAGAUUCAUUUCUCCGGGAUGAUUUAGUCCUGUGCCAUGUAUUCGAGACAGACUCUGCACCCGACUACGAUGACAACCCCAAAUGCCUCGGAUGCCAUCAAGGAGCAUGCAGUGGUGGAUACCACAGUGGUCAAGCAUUCGCAGCUCCAAGCAACGCUUCAUUCGAUUCAACAUAUCCAGGAUCCAGGCCAAUGCACCAUCAUGAUACAGAGAGCCGUUCCGACCGAAGACUAUCCUAUUUCAUGGCACGUCUUGAGAACCUCUUGCUUGGUGACCCUGAUGAUCCUGACAACUCCGCAGAUACUGGAAACUCUGGUGCAGGGAGAGGCGACCCUCCAACAGCUGACCAUGGGCAGUCCAAAAAGCGCAAAAAGAUCUCAGAUGUUUGGGAUUACUUCACCAAGAUAUUUGCGCGCGACAUCAACGGGAAGGUCGUGACAUUUGCGGCGUGCAACCACUGCUGCAAGAUACUGUCAGGCAGUUCCAAGAACGGCACCUCACAACUUGCAAGGCACGCGUGCCCGUGCAAGUUCAAACCAGUAGUAGCUGGCAGAAAUGCCAAGGACUCCGGCGGCAACAUCAAUGUCCUAUCUUCCUAA